GCUCCAGUUGUUCAGAGAUGCCUACCGCAGACGACUCGACUCUGCGCCGUCGUGCUGAGGGUCCAGUGGAAACUUCUGAGGGACAAGUCGAUGGCAGUCCGGCAGGUGCUGCCGAGGUCAAUGACACGAGCGAUGCUGCUGGUUUCGGUUACCCGUGUAAAUGGUGGAUUGCUGGCGGCCUGUUCUUAGCCCUGGAAUUCUCAUUAAAGUAUCUCGCGCAUGUUUACCGUCCUCAGAAGCUCAUCACGGACAUUUUCGCACCAGUGGUCACCUUCGACAUCACUUACACGGAAAAUCGCCAUUCGGCUUUCAGUUUCGCGCGUCGGCUUAAUCGCGAUGUUUACCGAUUCCUGAUGGCCAGCUCGGUUUUCCUAGUGGUGGCUGGGUUUGUGUACUUCUUCUGUAAGAAGGAUGUGAGCUGGCGCAACAAACUCGGAAUGUUCCUUUUUAUGUGUGGCGCUGUUGGGAACGGACUCGAUCGGAUUUUGCUGGGCGCUGUGGUCGACUAUGUUAGUAUCAGUGGCGGCUAUCCUGAGCAUUGGAGCAACUACUAUCUGGCUUGGAACCUCAGUGACCUCGUUAUUGAUGCAGCUUUCGCUGUUCUAGUAUACCAGGCGUAUCUCACGGAGAAAGCUACAGCUGAGGACUCGAAGAAAACUGAUGAGAAGGAGACGACGCUCGCUGAAUAGUCUACUUUUCCUUUUUUUC